CAGCAGCAGCAGCAGCUGGGGAAGGGGCAUCAUGAACCGAGGUGUAGGCUAGCGUGGCCGCAGAGUGGGUGUGAGCUCGCUGCACUGGACACCACCCGGACCCCAGAAGAGAGACUGCUGGGCUAUGAGUGCCUGAAGGGAUCGUGCCCACUCUUAACGCCGCCUGCCGUGAGGUUUGCAGCCAUGAGCAGGUGCCCAAGUGCUGAGGGAGCACAAUGAAUGGCGGCGAUGAUUGCUCUGUUGUGGAUCGAGGUGGGCGCCUGGCAGUCACACCUGUGCCCGUGGGCUGGCAGCGCAUGGUGGAAGAGGGUGCAGUGCGCUAUAUCAGUCCCAGCGGCACAAGCCUGGCUUCGUUGGAGCAGACUCGUGCAUACCUGCUGGCGGACGGAACCUGCAAGUGUGGCCUGGAGUGUCCCCUCAACAUGCAUAAGGUUUUCAACUUCGACCCAGCAGCAAUGGUGACAGGGAGUGAAGGAAGCAAGGGCGACGAGGACAUGACCAAGCUGUGCAACCACCGGCGGAAAAUUGUGGCUAUGGCCACGCUGUACCGCAGCAUGGAGAGCCAUGGACCCCUGAGCCUGCCACACCUGGGGCCAGGGCCUAGCUUGACCCAGCUGCCUCACCCAACCACACCAGGGCCCAGCAGUCGCCCGCAGCAGAUGCUUCCCAGCAAAGCCUCCGCCACCUUGGCGAAGGGCCCUGAACUCUACCAGCAGUGCCCUCCUGAUCGCUAUGGCAACACCUGGUCCAGCCCAAGCUCUCCUUUCCCGCGCCACCACAACACUCUCUUUGGGGACGUCUUCCCAGGCCACCUGCCUGCCACCACCAACGGAAACACCCGGCCAUCCUUCCCAACUGAACUGAGUGCUGUUGGGGGUCCCUUCCUGCCCAGCAAGGCCCUCCCGGACACGCUGCCCCGGCCCUACCCUCCCAGCUGCCUCCUCUUCCCCCCGCCGGAUGAGGCGGCCUCCAGCCAGGAGGGCGGCCCCUGGAGCAGCCGGCCGGUGCCUCUGGGGUCUCAGGCUAGCACCACAGGCUCACCCGCCCCCACAACCCUCUCCUCCAUUUCGUCGCCGGCAGGCAGCGCCGAGCCGUCCCCGCAGCGCUCUCGGCACUCCUCAGCUUCCUCGGAGCAGGGCCUCUCUGGACACCGCCCAGCUGCCAGGCCUCCCGGCUUGGACGCAGCAGCCCCAGCCAAUGCCUUAACCAACCAAAGCAGCAAUAACCUGCCCUCAGUGCCCUUAGGAGUUGCCCCGGAAGGCAAAGGACCGCCCAGCCUGCUGCUCCUCCACCCUCAGGGCCCAGGCUCCUUCCCAGCCAGCAGCUUGUUGAGUGCAGCCGCCAAGGCCCAGCUGGCCAGCAGGGGGCGUCCCGACGAGCUGGCCGCCAGCACUUUACCCAGCCGCUUGCUACUGUCCAUGGUGGGCGGGCGAGCGCCCAGGCGGCAGCGCCGCUCUCCUACCGUCCUGCGCCUGCUCAAGGACUCCCACUCCUCGGCGGGGCAGGCGGGGCUCGCCCAUCCGGAGGAGACGCCGACCCGACACGCCCGGCCCCGGGACCAGCUGCCGGCAGGGGAGGCCAAGAAUGGACCCCCGAGCUCCGGGGCUCCAGCUCAGCCGCUGUCGUCCCUGCUCAGCCUGCUCGCUCCCCCCGUGAGCUCAUUGGCCUCCCCUGGCCUCCCGCCGGUGCCCCCGCAACCUGCUGGCGACAGCCCCGGCUCUUUGCCCUCCUUCCAGGACUUCAACAGCCAGCUCCUCAGCCUCUUUGGGCAGCUGGCCUCGGCGUCUUCUGAACAGAUCUCAGGGAGCCCCCCACAGCCAAAACCACCUGCCUCCCCACUCGGAUCACACAGCACCCCAGGUGCCAGUUCCGCUUCACCCCUGACUCCCAAAGCCCCGCCAGCAGCCAGCCCUGUAACUGUCCCCACCAGCGCAAUGGAAGGCGGGGGCCUGGGCUGCCCUGUGGCCCCGGGCCCUGACCCCUUCCCCUUCCUGGCACAGGAGCAGGCGCUGCCUUUUGGGAAUGCUCUACCUCCCGGGCUGCUCCCCCUGGGCUCCUUCCCCUUCUCGCUGACCCUGGGCCCGGAGACGCCACUGCCCCCCCUGAACCUGCAAGGGGACCCCGAGGGGCAGUCCUUGCUGCCUCUGGUGCUGCCCAGCCUGGAUUUGCUGCAACAACCAAGCGGACUCCUGGCAUCGCUGCUGGGGCUGCCAGAGGCGCCGUGCGAGGUGGAGAGGGAGGCAGCCGCGACUGAGCCCCUGCUGGAGCCCUUCACCGGCCUCCAUGAAACUCUGCAGCCCCUGCUCUUCCCAGCACUUUCCACCCCUCCAGCUGUCCUAGCUUUAAACUCAGCACUGUUGGCGACCAGCCUAGGCCCUUCUGACCCUGGGCCAGGCCCCCCACAGACUGGCCUGGCUAGCACUCCUGUGGCACCUACCUCCACCAGCGCGACAUCGACGACUACUGAGGGCACCCCCAGCACCUCAGGGCGGCUGCACCCCCUGAUGCCUCAGCUUGUGAACCCACUGCUGAGUACCACACUUCUGGGUGACCUGUCAGGGCUGAACCCAGGCUCCGGCCCCUCGUUGAUUGGAAACCCUCUUCUCCAGGCCCAGCAGCCGCUUCUGCCACCCAGCCUGCAAGGGCCAUUGGGACUCCAGCUUUUCCAAGGGCAGCUGCCCCUGCUGGCAGCCUCCAACCCCCUGGCCUGCCUCCUCCAGAGCUUGCAACUGAGCUCUGGCUUUGGUGUCCCAGAGAAGUCCGUGCAACCGAGUGAAGCUCCGGCCCCAGCCUUGGCCAGUGGGGCCCCUGCAGCAGAGACAGAGCCAGGCCACAACACCGCAUUGCCCCCCUCUUGCACGGACGCUGCCCCUACAAGUGCCUUAGAGCCGCCCAGAGCCCUCGAGCCAGCCAGGCAAGGACAGCAGGAGGCCCCCCCGGGGCAGGAGGCCAGCAGCUCCCGUUCCCCGCUCAAGCGGCCCCGUCGUGGCACGGAAGACCUGAACGGAGACUCCGGCAGCACCCUCCCUCGGGGGCCAGGGCGGGGCGGCAAGUCUGGACGGCGAGGGGGCGGGCGGGGCAGGGGCAGGCGGCACUUCAACGGCCAGCUUCCCGACUUGGGCUCAGGGCACCCAUCCCAUCCUGCCUGGCGCUGCAACGGAGAGAUGGUGGCCAGCAGUGCUGAAAGUCAAGCGGGCCCUUUUGCUGUCCAGGAGAUAAAGGGCCCUCCUGGAAGGCGACCAGCCCGACGUGGCCGGAGGAGAAAAAGCAGUGGUGCCCGGCCCAGCGCCCGACCUGAAGCUACACGGAUCCGGGGUCCCAGUGCUGAUCCAGGGCCCAGCCCAUUGGUUGACUACACUGUUGCUCGCCGGCCACGGCCCGGCCGACCCGUGAAAAACAGGAGGAGGAAACUGCCCACAUAGCACCGCCUGAACCGGAGACCCCCCCCCUCGCUCGCUCCUAAGCGAUCAGAGCUUAGGACACCUCUGGCUUCUCUCUCUCUUCUCCCCAACCCCCCCCCCUUAAUCUCUGGUGCCCAGACAUGGGGCAAGGGGAGGGAAAUACCAGCAAGAGGAUCGGCUGCUGCUGCUGCUGCUGGGCUCUUUGCGCCUUAGCCGUGAAUGUGUUGUAGCUUCACCAGUUGCCUGGGUCCUGAAUCUCUCCUAAAAGGGACCCCUAAAAGCACAAGGUGCAUCUCUGCUCACAGCAUUUGUUUUGAGAUGUGGGUGGGUGGGAGCAAAGGCUGGGAUGGGAGCAAAAAGAGCACUAGAGCUGGACACACCCAUAGCACUUCUUGGAAGCCCUUUUCCUUUCUUUUUUUCCUUCCUGACGGGGAGUCCCUUGCCCCUGUGUAGUAGCCUCCCCUUCCCCUGAUGCUGGCGAGAUUCCCAUCCCACCCCCCUCCGGUUGAAUCUCAGAACCUCAGCAGGAGUAGCAAGGGCCGUGUGCUCCGGGAAGAGGACACCACGGCCCUUUCACUUCCCACCUUACCUCAGACCUGUGUGCGCUUUAGCACCCAGGUGAGAACCAGCUCAGGGUUUUUAAUACAAGAAUCAGUCUCUUUCUCUUUCUCUGCCUUGCCAAAAACACACACAAGAUCCUGGCCCCUGUGCUAAAGGUACAAAGCAAUAAGGAAAAAGAAGCCACGUUUUCGAAGGGAGGAUUCGUUCCCUUCCAUCGUUCAGCAAUUCAUUCACUCCCCGCCACCACACUCCCCCCCCCCACGCCUCCAUUGAGACGCUACUGAAAGAGAGUGGCCACGAGGCAAAGUCUGGCUGGUGGGUUGGACCUGCUCUUCUCCUUGGCUCUAGUUGGGCUCCUGGGACUGGUAGGGCUUCAAGUUCUCACCCCCCCCCCUUUACACACAUAAACAAAAAAAGCAACCUUUGCCUGCAUAUUUUUCUCUCUACUUUAUAGAAAUCCUCAAAAGAACACUCAGGUCCUUGCCCAGGGAGAGGAGGAGGAGGAGUUUGUGCUCUUAACUAGAAUUGGCCCAGCUUUGCCCCUGCAUCUGCUUCUCUAGCCCCCUCCCUGCAAACAUACACACUACAGCCUUCAUCUCCGAACGACCAAAACGCUCCACGCCCCAAGUACACCACCACCACCUGCCCCCCACGUCUGGUUGAGAAUCUUGAUGGAUUAUGCAAAAGCACUGUGUAGAUACUGUACAGUUCGCUCUGUCUCCCCCUCCUCCCCUGUGCACUUCAAACCAACCAACCAACUUCGGCCUUUGUUUUGUAUAAAUAAAAUUUUUAAAAAGGAAUUUGGAGGGGGGAACUAUUUUCCUUUUUCGAGCUUAAAUUUUGUUUUGUAAAAAAGAAAAAAAAACAAUUACACAAUUGUGAAUUGUAGCUUUUCUAUGGGAGCGACUUUUAAUUUAACAGAUGAAAAUAUUUUGCCGCUUAGAUCGAAGUUACUGUUUCUUUACUUGUUUAUUUUUUGGGGGGUGCGUGUGUGUUUUGUAUCAAGUAUUAAAAUAUGUAUUUAAAACAAA